AUGGGUAAGAGAAAUUUUAGAAAGGGCAAGGGAUUCGACAAGAAGAACUUUGGCAAAAGACCAGAAGUAGACGACAGAAGCCCCUGGUCCGAAGCUGUGAGAGAGUCUGAAAAAUGGGAAAAGUACUACAAGACUUUGAACAUUAUUCCGGAAGAUGAAUGGGAUACCUUCAAGCAACACUGUCAGGAAAACUUGCCACUUACCUUCAGAAUCACGGGUUCUAGAGCCCAUGCCUCUGAAAUUAAACAGAACUUCAUCGACAACCAUGUUGAGAAGUUGAAGGAUGCUGAGUUUGAUGGUGUCAAGUUGACUCCCAAGAACUUGUCGUACUAUCCAGACCAGUUGGGCUGGCAAUUGGAUGUUUCCAAGGCUGUUAUCAGAAAGCAGAAGGAAUUCGCCAAGACACAACGUUUUUUGGUCAUUGAAACUGAAGUUGGUAACAUUUCCAGACAAGAGGCUGUUUCCAUGAUUCCUCCCUUGUUGAUGGAUAUCAAACCCCACCACUAUGUUUUGGACAUGUGUGCUGCUCCAGGUUCGAAGACUGCUCAAUUAGUGGAAGCUUUACACCAGGAUGACGAUAAGGAAUUACCUACAGGUUUUGUAUUGGCCAACGACUCUGACUACAAGAGAUCUCAUAUGUUGGUACACCAGGUCAAGAGAUUGAACUCGGCCAACUUCAUGGUGGUAAACCACGACGCUACCUUAUUUCCCAGACUCAAGUUGAACAAUUCGAAUGAAUUCUUGAAGUUUGACAGAAUCUUGUGUGAUGUUCCAUGUUCAGGUGAUGGUACCAUGAGAAAGAAUGUCAACGUAUGGAAGGACUUCACUGUAGGAAACGCCUUGGGGUUGCAUCCUUUACAGAUUAACAUCUUGAACAGAGGCUUGCAAUUGUUGAAGAAGGGUGGUAGAUUGGUCUAUUCGACUUGUUCGAUGUCUCCAGUAGAGAAUGAAGCUGUUGUCGCUGCAGCCUUGAGAAAGUGGGGCGGUCAGAUCAGAUUGGUUAACUGUGACAACGAGUUACCUGGCUUAGUCAGAAGAAAUGGUAUCAGUGACUGGAAGGUCUUUGGUAAAGAUAUGGAACUCCGUGAAAGAGGUGCCGAAGAUAUUCCUGCCACUGCCUUCCCUCCUACGGAAGAAGAAACUGCCAAAUUCAACUUGCAAAACUGUAUCAGAGUGUACCCACAUUUGCAAAACACCGGUGGUUUCUUCAUCACCGUGUUUGAAAAGAUAGACCCUGAAGCCAACUCCAAGAGAGGACCUUCUGAAGAAACAGAAGCUGAAGACGCCAACAAGAAGCAAAAGGUCGAAGAAACUGCUCCUGUUGUAUCCACUGAAACUGUUCCACACAAGCCACAAAAGAAAGAAAAAUUGCCUAGAGAUGCCAACGAGGAGCCUUUCAUCUUUUUGGAUGAGAACCACCCAGAAUUGGCUAAGUGCUGGCCAUUCUACGAUGUUAGCGACAAAUUUGCUAAAGACUCCACAUUGGUCAGAAACGCAACUGGAGAACCAUUGAGAACUAUCUAUUACGUCGCUCCUAUCUUGAAAGAAAUUUUGAGCAUUGAAGAGCAAAAGUUGAAGAUUGUUCAGGCUGGUAUCAAGUUGUUUGUUUCUCAAAGAAAUGACAAUGGUCACUGUCCAUGGAGAGUUCAGAACGAAUCGUUGCACACUAUUAGAUCGUUCUUGGGUGAAAAGAGACAAUUGUCUUGUAACUUGAAGUUGUUGGAAGUUCUUUUCCAGGAAGCAUUCCCAAGCAUGAAAGAUAUCAAGGAAUCCGGAGUAGACCCAGAGUUCUCGGAAAGACUUGAACAAUUGGAAGAAGGCUGUGUGUUCUUAACUGUGGUCAGGGGAGAAGGUUUGGAAGACUUGUUUUUGCCAUUGUGGAGAGGUAGAAAUAAUGUCAAUUUGAUGGUCAACAAGAAGGACACCCACGAAUUGCUCUACAGAGUGUUUGGCAUUGAAACCUCUUCUAAAGACCAAGGCAAGGAAGCUGUCUACCAAAAGAAGCUCGAGGCUGUGAAGAAGGCUCGUGAGUCCACUACUGAAGUGGAGGAGUUCUCCAAGUCUGAAACUGAAAACGCUACACCAGAAGCUAAUUAG